AUGCACGCAUGCCCCAAUGAUUGCAUCUUGUAUAGGAAGGAGUAUGAAGAUUCAACUAAUUGUCCUACUUGUGGUAUCUCAAGGUGGAAGGAAGGCAAAGAUUCAAUCUUGACAGAGGGUGUGCCAGCGAAGGUGGUGUGGUAUUUUCCUCCAAUUCCAAGGUUUAAAAAGAUGUUUCAAUCACAUGAGAUAGCUAAGAGUUUGACUUGGCAUGCUGCUAGAAAAUCAAUUGACGGUCAGAUGUCUCAUCCGACGGAUUCCCCGUCUUGGAAACUUCUUGAUGAUAAAUGGUCCGAGUUUGGUAAUGAGCCGAGAAACUUGAUAUUGGCUCUUUCAUCUGAUGGAUUCAAUCCCCACAGUUCUCUAAGUAGCAAAUAUAGUUGCUGGCCAGUUAUUUUAGUUACAUAUAAUCUCCCUCCAUGGCUAUGCAUGAAACGAAAGUUCAUGAUGUUGACCUUAUUGAUUUCCGGUCCUAAACAACCCAGAAAUGAUAUAGACGUCUACUUGGAGCCUUUGAUUGAUGAUUUAAAAUCUUUGUGGGAUGAGAUUAGAGGAGUGUAUGAUGCAUAUAAUGGAGAAUACUUUACACUCAGAGCUACAUUAAUGUGGACAAUUAAUGAUUUCCCCGCCUAUGGAAACUUAUCUGGUUGUGUUGUUAAAGGAUAUAAAGUUUGUCCAAUAUGCGGCGAUGAUACACCUAGUCACUGGUUGAAAAAUGGCCACAAAAUUUGUUACAUUGGGCAUAGAAAAUGGUUACCAAUCAAUCAUCCAUAUAGUAGGCAACGUGCAGCUUUUAAUAGGAAACCUGAAUAUGGCACGCCUCCCGAGCCAUUAACCAAAGAAGAAGUGGUGCAUAUGGUUGAAUAUGGUCACAGAGUUUGUUGGAAGAAGAAAUCAAUAUUCCUUGAUCUCGAGUAUUGGAAAUACCUUCCUGUGAGGCAUGUCCUAGAUGUUAUGCACAUUGAGAAGAAUGUUUGCGAUAGUAUCAUUAGUACAUUUCUAGAGAUCCCUGGAAAAAAUAAAGAUGGGAUUGCUGCUCGAUUAGAUUUAUUGAAUAUGGGGGUCAAAACUGAUUUGCAACCCGAGUAUGGAGAAAGACGUACUCGUUUGCCUCCCGGGCCUUGGAAUUUGUCAAGAGCAGAGAAGAGAGCAGUUUGCAAUUCUUUCUAUGGUAUGAAGGUCCUUGAAGGUUAUUCUUUGUGUUUGCUUGAGAAGUACUUUCCCCCUUCAUUCUUUGAUAUCAUGGUUCAUCUAGUAGUACAUCUUGUCAGAGAAGUUCGUCUAUGUGGGCCAGUAUAUUUUAGAUGGAUGUAUCCAUUUGAAAGAUAUAUGAAAGUGCUAAAAGGGUAUGUUCAGAAUCGUACUCGUCCCGAAGGUUGCAUUGCUGAGUGGUAUAUAGCUGAAGAAGCUGUAGAGUUUUGUACCGAGCAUUAUCUAAUGUUAGUACAGUUGGAGUGCCUUCAAGCCAAAAGUUGGGAGUUUCAAAGCCAUUAUCAGGUUGCACAGUGA